CUUACACUGGAAACAACAACAGUAACGUACGGCGUCUCUUCAAAAUGAGCGAGCCAAAUAUUUCCGCGGUUCUUUUGGAGAAGGGCAAUCUGAAAAUGGAAGAGAGGCCAAUCCCAAAGCCUGGAAAGAAUGAGGUGCAAAUCGCGAUUCACUCUGUGGGCAUCUGUGGGUCCGAUGUCCACUUCUGGACGGACGGGUCUAUCGGACCGUUCCUGGUGAAGUCUCCCAUGGUCCUGGGGCACGAGGCCAGCGGCACGGUGUGUCAGCUCGGGGAGGGCGUCACUCACCUCAACAUUGGUGAUCGUGUGGCCAUAGAGCCAGGCAUACCGUGCCGGCAGUGUGCGGCCUGUAAGGGGGGCAAGUACAACCUGUGUCCGCACGUCAAGUUCUGUGCCACGCCCCCUGUGGACGGCUCGCUGUGCAGGUACUACGUCCAUCCGGCCGAUCUGUGCUUCAAGCUCCCCGACAACGUGAGUUACGAGGAAGGUGCUCUGCUUGAGCCUCUGUCUGUAGCUGUGCACGCCUGCAGGAGGUCAGGGGUCACCAUUGGCAGUAAUGUCCUCGUCUGUGGUGCAGGUCCCAUAGGUCUGGUGUGCCUCCUAGCCGCUAAGGCGAUGGGUGCAGCUAAGGUGGUCACCACAGAUAUUGACGCCAAGCGGCUGGAAUGUGCCCGGCAGAUGGGCGCUGACGUCACCGUUGACGUCACGUCACGUGACGGCCGUGCUGUGGCGGACCAGGUGGUGCAGGAGCUGGGGUGUCAGCCUGACGUCACCAUAGAGUGCAGCGGUGCGGAACCCAGCAUCCACGCAGGCAUAUAUGCCACCCAGCCGGGAGGUGUACUGAUGAUAGUGGGCUGUGGCCGGCAGAUGGCGACCAUACCACUACUGGAUGCCGCUCUGAAGGAAGUGGACAUCAGGGGGAACCUCCGCUAUUGCAACGACUACCCGACAGCCCUUGCGAUGGUAGCCUCGGGCCAGGUGAACGUGAAGCCUCUGGUCACCCACCGCUAUAGUCUAGAACAGACGCUGGAGGCAUUCGAGUUUGCCAAGAAGGGCGAAGGCAUCAAAGUCAUGAUCCACUGUGACAAGACCAAGGCCUGAUGACGUUUGUCGUUGCCAUGGUGAUGAUCCACGUACAGACACGCGAGAGUUGGAUUACCUGGCAAUAUGGCAUUCAGGAGUUUCCCAUCCCCAGAAUGCCUUGCGAAAACAGGGGUCUAAACCUCAUUUGCAUAGGACAGG